AUGUGUGGUGAACUUUCUCCACAUGUCGAGUCACUCCUAACCCUACUCGAUCUCGAAGAUAUCGACAACCGCCUUGCACCGCGUUUCAUACGGGUGUUUUCCUAUGCUGGGAAGUACAACAUCGAAACUGGUCGGUUUGAAAGGGCACGGAUUUUGUUGGAAGCAGCACUCAGGGUGGCAGAACAGGCAUAUUGUCCGGGACACUCGGCGACCGUCCUUAUAGUUUCUGACCUACAACAGUUGAGAAUGUAUUACCACAAGGAUCACCCAUUUCAGAACAAAAUCGCAGGUGCUGCUACGCGGUUGUACACAAGCUUACUUGGCGUAUUGAUGAAUGUUGCCAAUAACAUCGCCGCACUUGAAAGCUACGGUCUCUCUGUCGAAAAGACCUUUCAGAAUCCAGCAAACCUAACCUGUGAAGAGGAAAAGGCGCUAUCAUUAUAUGAUGAACUGAAGGCACUGGGACCGGAGGUUUUCAAUGACAACGCUAGUCGCAUUAUGCACUUCACCCUCAACGCACCCCCCUGCCCCUUCACCUCCAACAUGCUAUUCUUUUUGGGUAUAGUUACCAAAGUCCUUGGCUUCGACGACAGAUGUGCGGAACAAGAGGCCAUAUAUCGUGCUUUUUUUUUAGCUCGUCGGACUUGCUUUCCUGAAGAAGAAGGGCAAAAGCAUAGUUCCGGCUCACAAAAUACGCUUUGGCUUUUCAUUUACGAGGCUAUGGCGGGACAAGGGAAGGAUCUGGAGAUUACGGACCUGCUAGGGCCCAGGCCAACAACACUGAACCUGGAAGGUGUCGAUAUUUUCAACCAAGUGAAAGGUUAUAAUCUCCUAGGAGCUUUACUAGCAGAACAAAAAAGGUUGGAAGAGGGUGAAGAAAUCUACCGAAAGCUCCUUUUUGACAGUCUCAAGGAGCUUGGCUCUCGCCACCCUAACGUGCUAAAGGUGCGAGGGCGGAUUGCUACGAUCCUUGCGCGGCGAGACAAGCACAUAGAAGCGGCAGUCCAGUUCCGCCACGUACUUGAGUUGCGCAAGGAGACUCUAAGCCACCUGGCCAAACACGAUGAAGCAGAAGAGUUGGUUCGGGGCUCUCUCCAGAUCCUUCAAAGCCGUCAUGAGAACGGGCAUGUCCCACAAACAUUUUUCCACGCCGUCAUCACCUAUGGUGCCAUUCUCGAGCACCAGGGGAAGACCACACAAUUCAAUGAAUUUCUCAUGAAUCACUGGAAGGUUACAUACGUAGGUGAUUUCGAGGCAUGGGCAGGGGACAGGUUCGAUGUUGCUGAUGAAGGCGAAGAGACAUCAUCGGAUGAAGACGAACCAUAUGACGAGGAUGGGGAUUCAGACAUUGAAGAGUCAGACAUUGAAGGGUCAGAGAGUGAAGUCACAGGCGGUAUUCCGGCUGCAGAACCACCCAAUGCAAGAACCGGAAGGAUUGCCAUCAGCGAUUUGGUUCACGUUGAUAACAUGAUGGGUGUUGCACGCCACGACAAUGGCAUAACUGAGAAGAGAGUACUCUGA